AUUCCUGCGUAAAAUUUACAUAAUUAUUAGACUUCUCGGGGAAAAAAUGAUCAAUUUUUAAUUUCUAUCGCGUGAUGUGGAAACCUGAGGCAUUCAUUAAUCGCACGCCAUUUUGAGACUGAUCGGUCGCCUCUUUGGAGCGAAGGGUGAAGGGUGAAGGGUGAAGGGUGAAGGGAAGUGAAGACAAGUAAAGUUGAUGAUGGAGAGAAGAUAGAAAAUAGAAAAUAGAAAACAAUUCCAUACAACACCACACAAUAUCAACAACAACAACAACACAACGCAGCACAAUGCUAUUUUAAUCGCUUUGUGACUAUAAAGUCCCAUCACAAUUGAUACACUAAUCUCAUCAUCUUACCCCAGAAUUCGAUAUUGUGUCAAAAAGAAGUACCGGCAGAGACGCUACCUACUUAUUAUUACAUCCACAUCCACAAGUCUUCAUCCACAAGUCUUCAUCCAUUUCAUCUAUACACCGACACGGAUUGUCUGAUCGAAAGAGCAAAAAUAUCACAAUAUCCAAAGAUUACACCUAGUGCUAGCGACCUUCUUCCCGACCUGCCUACCUACCUGGGUAAUAUCACACUAAAUAUCUUAGUCCCUGGUCAAAACAACACCGAAGCACGCAAUAACCCAAAAAAUUGACCUCAACCUCGCCCACCAACCCGGCUAGCUACUCAUACUCAGCGACCCUCUAUUAAUUUGACUGGCGAUUGCGCACGCAGCAGCAGGAGAAGAACAAGAACAAGAAGAAGAGAGACAACUCAGCAAACAGAGGAAAAGAAAACUUCCACUCGAUGAAUUGACAUAAAAGACUCUAUUCAUGAUUAUCGAACCUUACUUCAACAUAUUGCGUGUUCGAUACAUCCAUUGCAUUACUUUACCUUCCUCGUCCUGGUCUUAACACCAAUCCAUUUCGCCAUACUACUGGUCCUCUCCACCAUUCCCUAAUAUUUCACCAUAACAUGGUCACUAUGGCGUCAAAUCAUGACGAAUCUUCAGCAUUGCGCCAUAACGUCGAAUUGGAUCUGGAGCGGUCAAGAAAGAAUACUUCAACGGGAGACAUUCGAGAAUUAUGUUUAGCAUCCAAAGAACCAUCGAAUCGCGAAAGUCUCGAUACUGAUAUAGUUGAAUCCAUUGCACCUCUCUCAAUGGAAGACAAUUGCAGAGCCGAUCACGAUCAUUCAGAUCCGACAAUCACCAUCUCGUCGACAAGUAAAUUGGCUGGUCAAACAGUUGCGCCUUUCCUUGCGAAACAUAUUCCAGAACAAUACGCUCCUUUUGGUCCCCCACAAACCACAUCACUCUCACGGAAGGAUCCCAAUACAAAAUACUGUUAUCGACAUCGACCAGAUUCAAAAUGUCGAAGAACCGCAGAUGAACCUACAAUGGAGAAUCUACAAAGAGAACUUGAGACCUUGUCGCAAUCAGAUCAACAAGGUAUCUCUCACGUUUGGACUCUCUUCUCUGCUGCGCCAUCGAAACAUCGAAACCUUAUGCUGCAAGGCAUCCUAUCGCAAUGCUGCUUUCCACAAUUAUCCUACAUCUCCUCCUCUGUCAAGAACCUCAUUCGAAUUGACUUCAUCACAGCUUUACCUUCCGAAAUCUCCUUCAAAAUUCUCUGUUAUCUCGAUACAACUUCCUUAUGCAAAGCUGCUCAAGUCAGUAGACAAUGGCGAAUAAUGGCAGACGAUGAUGUUGUUUGGCACAAGAUGUGUGAACAACAUAUUGAUAGAAAGUGUACAAAGUGCGGAUGGGGUUUACCAUUAUUGGAACGAAAACGAUUGAGGGAUUGGAAAAGACAACAACAAUUGCGAGCUACAGGAUUGGGCCUUAAUGGCCAAUCGCCUCAAAUUACAGCCAUGUCGGAUACUUUGCGCAAUACGGAAACAAGUGUUGUGACAUUAAAUGCCUCGGGGAAGAGAAGUGCUCCUGAGUCGGAGUCCUCAGAAGAAAGUUCAAAGCGACAACGUACCAAUCCGGAGGAAUCAUGUCUGGGAAGACCAAGAUUUAGGCCAUGGAAGGAUGUAUACAAGGAUCGAUUCAAGGUUGGAACGAAUUGGAAAUAUGGUCGAUGCUCAUUAAAAAUAUUCCGAGGUCAUUCGAAUGGUGUUACUUGUCUACAAUUCGAUGACAAUAUUCUCGCUACUGGAUCAUAUGAUGCGACUAUCAAGAUUUGGGAUAUUGAGACGGGAGAAUGUUUACGAACUUUACGGGGUCACACGUCUGGAAUUCGAACAUUACAAUUUGAUGAUACCAAGUUGAUCAGUGGAAGUCUUGAUAGAAGUAUUCGAGUUUGGAAUUGGCGCACUGGAGAAUGCAUGUCUUCUUAUCCAGGUCAUACUGAUGGAGUUGUUGGUCUUCACUUUGAAGGAAAUCUUUUGGCCUCAGGUUCCAUUGACCGAACGGUUAAGGUCUGGAAUUUUGAAGAUAAAUCUACAUUCGGUUUACGGGGUCAUAAAGAUUGGGUUAACGCUGUCAAAGUUGAUUCUGCUUCCAGAACAUUAUUUUCUGCUUCUGAUGAUUGUACCAUUCGACUUUGGGAUCUUGACACUCGGCGUACAAUUCAGACUUUUGAAGGUCAUGUGGGUCCAGUCCAACAAGUCACCAUUCUACCACCAGAGUAUGAAUUUGAUGAUGUGGAUGUUGAAGAAGCAGACGAUGGAACAUCAAGUACAUCAUCAUCAACUGAUCUCAACCGACCAAUAGGAGAAAGUUGUUCUUCAUCUCAAAGUUCCUCUCUCUUCGAUUCUUGGCCAGCAGGCCGCCCUUGUCCUCCUCGCUAUAUCCUCACUGGUGCUUUGGACAACAAUCUUCGUCUCUGGGAUGUAUCAACAGGUCGCUGUCUUAAAACACUCUUUGGUCAUGUAGAAGGUGUAUGGGCACUUGCAGGUGAUACAUUGAGAGUUGUUAGUGGAGCCCAAGAUAUGAUGACGAAAGUGUGGGAUGCAAGGACGGGAAAAUGUGAUAGGACAUUUACAGGUCACAGAGGUCCAGUCACAUGUAUUGGACUAAGUGAUAGUAGGAUGUGUACAGGAAGUGAGGAUUGUGAGGUUAGACUUUAUAGUUUCAAGGGGGAAGUAGGGGGGCAGGAAAAAGAGAACGAAUGUACGGGCUUCAUUGAGGAAGAGAUGACACUUGUUUAAGGGAAGUGGAGAUAAUUUUCGUUUUGGGUUUGAUUUAAGUCAAAGGCCGACUGGCUAUUUAUGGACGGAUGGAAAGAUACCUUUUUGCAAUGUUCGUCGUUGAUGGGUUCCUUUCAAGAUAUUUAUUGGCAAACAUCAAAUGGAAUUUAUAAUGGGAGUUUGGAAAUUGGGAUUGAUAUGAAUCAAUGGGAUAUGGCUUUUUUUAUCAAUGGAUGGAGGUGUUUGGGAGUUCAAAUAGGCAAGGUCGGACCAGAUGUUUUGAUUGUUUAUCAGAUGAUGAACUGGGAGAUUCUUUGAAUUACAAGUGGUGGAUGGGAUGGAUGGGUUUGAAGAGUAUGAUUGGUUCUAAUCAUAUUGACAAAAUCCUUAUUGUGCUUCGUGGCAUGGGGGAUGGAUUAGAUAAAAUCUAUUUAUAUAGUGAAGUUGUAAUGAAUAUAGUAUUGAAUAUUA